UGACAAUAUAAUUGGUGAUGAAGGUGCAUCAGGCUUAGGUUCUGCUUUAGCAAAUUGUAUUAAUCUCUCAAAUUUGACACUUGAACUUGAUGAAAAUUAAAUUGGUGCGAUGGGUGCAUCAGGCUUAGGUUCUGCUUUAGCAAAUUGCAUUAAUCUCUCAAAUUUGACACUUAACCUUUA